AGUACAUUCUAUAUCGAAUGAGAACAAAGAACACCUUUUCAUACGUAAGCGGAUAAUAUUUAAGAAAAAUGUCUGUGGAACAUGCAUCGCCGAUAUAAAAACGUGCCAUCUGUUAAAAAUUACGUCAUUCGAUGAUAAAAUUCGCGAACAAAAUAAUAACUACGUAUCAUAUCGUGUUAUAUUCGACACUUUAUAUCAAUAACGAGAUCGAUAAAAUUGUUAAUUAACAAUGUUUAUGCGUUUGUGCUUUUCCAUAUAUCUACUUCUUCCUUCCUGGCUUGGAACGAUCAUGGCCCCGAUAGUACCAAAAUCUAUUACAAUGGUAAAAUGGGGUUCUGUGAACGGUCAGGAAAUUGAAAAGUAUACACUGACAAACAGCAACAAUCAAGAGGUUGACAUUGUGACAUAUGGUGCGACAAUAACCGCUGUCAGAACGCCGGAUAAAGAGGGUAACAUAGCAGACGUUGUGCUCGGUUUCGAUAACGUUGAAGGAUAUCAGUCGUCGAGUAAUCCAUAUUUCGGUGCCACCAUCGGACGUGUCGCCAAUCGUAUUGGCAAAGCAACUUUUGUCGUCGAUGGUAAGCGUUAUCAUGUAUCCAAGAACAAGGGCGAAAACAGUCUUCAUGGCGGGACUCACGGAUGGAAUUCGAAGAUCUGGAAUGCUUCGAUCGAUCAUGAUCGCGUAAUUAUGAGCUUGAUCAGCCCAAAUAAUGAUGAGGGUUACCCAGGAAAGGUAACAGCACAGAUUACCUUUCGACUGACUGAUGACGGAGAGUUGCACAUAGAUAUGACAGCUAAAUCAUCCGAAAAGGCAACGCCGAUUAACUUGACAAACCAUAGCUACUUCAAUCUUGCUGGACAUACUACAAAUGCGACGGAAUUAUAUCGACACGUAUUCACCUUGAAUGCUGAUCGCUGGACUGUGACGGACUCUGAAAGCAUUCCAACUGGUGAAAUUCGAUCGGUUCAAAACAGCGUAAUGGAUUUGAGAAAGGCGACUAUACUUGGCGAUGUUAUUGAUAAAGUGCCAGGCGGUGGUUACGAUUAUAAUUUCUGCUUACCAGAACCGCACGAUUACAAGAAAAAAAGUCUCGUUGCUAAAGUUCUGCAUCCGGUCUCGGGACGUAGUUUGGAAGUAUAUUCGAAUCAGCCAGGUGUUCAGUUUUACACAUCUAAUUUUCUGCCUGAGAGGAAUAACACGGCUAUUGUCGGCAAGAACGGAGCGAAAUAUUUCAAACAUGGAGCUUUUUGCUUAGAAACGCAAAAUUAUCCCGACGCUGUUAAUCAUGAAAACUUCCCAAACAGCAUACUGCGGCCGGGUGAAAUAUAUAAUCACUUUGUUAUAUAUAAAUUUGGAGUGAAGAUUUGAUACAUUUGAUACAAUUGAUAUCUGUAAACUGAAAAAUCAAAAUAAAUAGUACAUAAAAAA